AUGCAAAGGUUUCCUCCAGGUCAAAGCGUGGAAGUGGAGCUGGAAUCCCAACCCUUUAAGGAUCAAAGUAAUGAGCAUGAACAGUGGAGCAAUGCCAAUGGUCCCAUUUAUAAAGCCUGUUUACAGGAUACAAAGAUCAGGGCAUCUAAACGAGCUUUGAUUGCUUGGUGGCAGGCUAGUGGAAAAAAUGCCUAUCGGAAGGCUCUGAAUAGUAAAAGACAGACGUUGAGCAACACUUUGAAGGGUCUGGUCAUUGGCAUGUUCAUGAACCCAGAAAGGGUUCAGCCUCCAGAACCAAGCAUGGUAUAUUCGGUAGGGGCAGAGGGCAAUAUUGCUGGACUGCGGGAGAACACUGACAUCUACAUUCUGUUCUUGAAGAACUUCAUGAGGGCGAUUUAUGGACAGAAGUUUACUGCCUUGUCAAUGAAAAAGACUAUAUCAGGAUUUGUGCCUGAAUGUCUUGAGGCUUUUUUGGUGCUUGCAUAUGACAAUGGGUAUGAGGCAUGGAAGGCGGAGGCGGAGAAAAAACUUGCUGAGGCUGAGGCCAGUGGUGGUAUUGGGACUAACAAUGGAAAUGACUCUCCUGAUGCAAGGAGGCUGGAAGGGGAUUCUGACUCUCCUGGUAGUGACAGCUCGGAGUCCCAUGUCCCCUUAGCAGCACAAGAAUGCAGAAUAGUUGGUGACUUUAAAUUCACCGGGAGUGGUCGGGGCUCCAGGAAGGCUGAGGGUUGGAGUGAGGAGGGUUACACUUUGUUCAACAAAUUGUUCAGUAGGAUCAAGGAGCAGCGUGCUGAUGAAACUCUAGGACUUCAAUUUGAGACAACUUUCAUAUUGAACGCAGAGGAAGUUGCUCCUGCCCCAGCGGAUCAGGUUGUGAUCCAAAACAACUGGGCUGAUCUAGCAGUAUAUGGAGUCUAA